UUGAUUAUAUCUAUGAAUUCCUUCUUAAAACUCAUCACAAUUAUAUUUACAAUUUAUGCAGUUCGAUGUAGGGAAACUGCAAGAAAUUCAAAAUCAGUUAAUGAGAAAAUCAUAUAUGAUUGUGUGGAUAUAUAUAAGCAACCUUCGUUAACUCAUCCACUUCUCCAGAAUCAUAAAAUUCAGAUGGAACCAUCUUUUAUAAUCUCUAAGCAAAAAGAUCAAACCAAAACUAAAAGUGAAAGUAAAAAAUUCAUCGACUGUCCAAAUGGAACUGUUCCUAUACUAAAAAAUACAAAGGAGUUUGUUACAAAUGCUCAAUACUGGGCUAACAAGCACUUCAAUUCAUUCACAAUCGACAGUCAUGGAACGCAUUUUGCUGGGGUUAGAGCAUCACAAGACCAAGGUCCUUAUCAUGGUGUGGAAGCUUGGAUGAGUGUACAUGAAUUAAACAUUAGUGUGGAUCAAACUUCAUAUACUAACAUAUAUGUAGCCAGUGCAGUCAGUGAUAAAGUUAAUUUUAUCCAAACCGGUUGGAUGGUGAAUCCAACAUUAUUUGGUGACGGACGCCCAUGGAGUUAUGGGUUGUGGAAAGGUAUCAAUAGAACUGGAUGUUAUAAUACAAUAUGCCCUGGUUUUAUUCAAGUGUCAAAAACUGAUCCUUUAAGUAUACCUCUUUCUCCUCUCCCCAAAGGCGAGAUAGGUACUUAUCUUAGUAUUAAACAGGAUGAAGAAACAGGAAAUUGGUGGGCAGCCGAUGUAAAAUACAAUGGACAUGGUAUGAACAUUGGUUAUUGGCCAAAAGAACUAUUUGAUCUCAUAAGUACCAAUGCGGGCAUGGUUGGAGUUACAGGAGCAGUCCAAGCUUCUCCUUCUGGUAAAAGUCCACCAAUGGGUAAUGGUUAUCUACCAACUAAAAGUGAAAUGGGGUCAGCGCGGGUCAGAGACGCUAACAUCAUUGAUUCAAAUUUUAAGGUCAUAGGAAGUAAAAAAUAUAAGUUAGAAAAAAUAUUAGACAGUGACAAAUGUUAUGGACUGAGAGAUGGAAGAAAAAAAAGUUUCGACGAAGGAACAUAUGUUUUGUUCACUUAUGGCGGACCAGGAGGAGACUCUUGUGGAGUUUGA